AUGGCUUCUCAAAUUUAUUUAUUUGUUGCUGUUGCAUUAUUGUCAGCCAUUCUCCAAUCCCAAGCUAUUACUGAAAAAACAUUGAACCUUAGUGUUGUAGAUGAGGGGAUAGUAGAAACACCGAAGUCUAAUGACACGUCUGUUACUGAUUCGUCAAUGCUUAAAAACGAUUCAGCAGUAACAGAAACUACAGUUAACCCACUCAACUCUACUCUUGUUCCUGGUAAUCUCACAUCUUCUCCACUUCCAUUGGGACAGAACAGUUCCUCAUCGUUCAAAGAAGAAGACUGUAAUCCACCAAAAAAAGUGAACACCGUUUAUGCUUGUAAUAAUCAACUGAACUCUACCUUCACUUGUAGCAAUGCUGAGUUUGUGCUAUCGGCCGGAAAGUUCAUCCCGUGCCACAGCCACGAUGAUUGCAAACCAUUUCAACAACCAAACGAUUGGUGUAAUCUUCCAUGGGAAUACAAAUACACAAAUUACGGUUGCUAUUGUGACAAGAAAGUUGGAUCUUGCGUGAUUGAGAGGGAGCAUCGCUUCACUUUCUCACGUCAAUGGGCUUACUGUAUUGCUCGAUCUGAGUACAAAUGUGAUGGUAAAACAGAAUGUCUUUUAUAA